AACGAGCCGACGCUACCGACGAUACUCGAACAAGCGACGAAAGGAGGGUGAUACAACUUUAUAAAUACAGUGAACAGCUGAUUAUUGUUAGCAGUUUAGCGCAGUCAGUUCAUAUGAACAUCAGAUGACAGUCCUUGUUUGAGUUAGGAAGUAAAAGCCGGUUUUCUUAUAAUUAAUAAAUUUUGUGAUUUUUUCAAUUAAAAUGGAAGUUUUACCCUUCGUUGAUAUCAAGCACAGCAGUUUUGAAGGCUGUGAACCAGAAUACAAUGAAUUCUUUCGGUUAGAAGAGACAUCUUUGAUAGAAGCCCUUUCCAAACGACUGGAGGCUGAACUUAGGACUGCCAAACGCACACACUUAUCCGUAGGAGAAGUGCUUCUACCAAACGGACUGACCCAUUCCAUAGCCAAAGACCUCUUCUAUUUGGCCGAUUCCGAACCGUGCGGGCUUCGGGGUUGUACGCUGUAUAUAGAUUUCGAGGCAAAUGAUCUCAAGACCAAUUUGAGCAAAGUUAAAUGUGAUUCAUUGACCCCGUCGACGUUCGAGGUGUAUUUGACGCUCAAGCAGGCCCCCAAUGGAUGGAAUUCCUUCCUGCCGCAGUUCCUUAAGAAAAUCACGAAUUCAGGAGCGCUUAUGAUAAGUUCAGAAUAUGGGCUUAAUAAAAAGCAACUGUAUAGAUCAAGUUAUUAACCUUUUUAAGUGAUUUUUUGUGAUCGUUCACACACAUAUACGUACAUGCAUAUAUUAUAUAUCUCGAAAAAAAAAUUAUUUCAUUCAUUUUUUUGUAUAAUCCAUAACUACUAUAUCAUUAGUUGUAAAUGUUUCGUUUAUUUGUAAAGUUAGUUAAACAUUGAGUUGUAUGUAAGAUAUUGAUGAAUAUGAUGAGAGUUUUUAAGGUUUUUGGUAAUUUUAAAAACACUAAAAAAAAAUUGUGAUAUAGGUGUGCAAAUUUUAAAAGAGUUAUUCAUAUUUUUUGUGAUAUUAGUUCGAUACGAAUUUUAUUUUUAUAGAAUAGGUGCGUUCGAGAUAUAUUUGGUUCAGAACUGAAAUGUUACAAUAGCAAGUGAUGCAUCCAAAGAGCACGCCCCGCCGAUUUAAAUUAGUAUUGCGUAUAUUAUGCAGUAUCGGUUUUGGGGAUGAUAUGUUGCUCUGUGCAUCGCUUACUUUGUAAAAAGUGAUUUGUUCAGUAUUAAAAACUUUACCAAAUAUUCUGAGAACAAUCUGAUCUCAAAUUAAUAUAGAUUGUUAGAGAGAUGUGGGAAUUUUUAUACAUUUUUAAUAGAAGUCUUCAUAAGAUUUAUGUACUUCCAUACUAAUAAUUCUAGAUUUUAAAGCGAUAAACACAGAAGAAUAGAAACCGACUGGUAUAAAAUUUUUAAACCAGUUUUUUGUUAUUUUUUUUCUAUUCGAAAAGUCCACAACUUGAUAUUUUUGGCUGUUGGCGUUUCUGUUCUUGUUUGUAUAUCGUUUUGAUUUAGUUGUUCUAUCGAUUAAGUGUAUGUAACAAUAAAAAAGAAAAAUAAUAAAUCUUUGAAGUAUGUUGA